UGAGGGAAAUAAUAACCGGUACGAUAAUGUUGCGACUGAAUGCAAAAAGUUCAGACUGGAUGUGAAGUCUAUAGCGAGAAACUGAGUGGUGGUAUUCCGGGUAAUAUUGGAUUAGUACUGGUACCGAACGUUGUUUGGGGAACAUUAUCAUCAUCAUCGCAUUACUGUCAACUCGGAUAUCAUAAACUUGCCAUUGGAGCAGAUUCGGGCGGAAACGGUGUUGCCGGUUCUAUGAUGUUAAAAUUGGCCAUUUUGUUCAUAAUAGUGGGUUUUGUGGCCAAGCUUAACUGCGACCCAGCGCGAUAUGAUGGCUACAAGCUUCUCAGGGUGCAUACCCGUCAUAGGAGGGACCUGGAGGCAGUGAAGAGGAUCCACGAUGCGGCGGAUGAAAGAUUGGAUUUUUGGCGGGAGCCGAGGUCGGUGCACGGGGAUGUGGACAUCAUGGUCUCUGCCGAGCACCAAGACUACCUCAGCGACCUCCUCCAAGAUGGCGGCCUGGAAGCUAAGACGAUCAUAGAGGACAUACAGGAAGCCUUUGAGGAGCAGAGCGCGAUCAACACCGAGGAGGAGAAAGAGUUCUUUGGAAGUUACCAAAAUCUCUCCCAGAUCAACGAAUGGAUGUUCACGUUGGGCGCCGAUUAUCCUGACAUCGUAACAGUUUACGAGAUAGCGACGUCGUACGAAGGGCGACCCAUACACUGCCUAAAGGUGUCCGAUCCGUACCAAGCCGCAGAGAGCACGAAGCCAGCCAUCUUCAUCAUGGGAGGGAUCCAUUCCAGAGAAUGGCUGUCACCGGCUACCGUCAUGUUCAUAACCAAUGAGUUAGUGGAAAACUACGGCAUUGAUUCUGAGAUCAAGGAACUGCUGGAAGGAUUGGAUUGGUACAUCGUGCCCGUCUUCAACGUGGAUGGAUAUGUCUUCAGUUGGGAGAAGUACAGAUUUUGGAGGAAGACGCGAUCGGAGUACGAUCACAAUCGAUGCAAAGGGGCCGAUCCGAACAGAAACUGGGACUUCGAAUGGGGAGUCAGCGGCGUGAGUGACAUGAGCUGUGACGACACCUACGCGGGACCCUUCGCCUUCUCGGAGACCGAGGUCCGUCAGAUAGCCGACUACCUGACGGAUCUGAACGCCAGGCAACCCAUCAACGGCUUCAUCGACUUCCAUGCCUACAGCCAGCUGUGGAUGACACCAUACGGCUAUGACACGGUGCUACCUGACAACUACCAAGAACAGUAUAACUUAGCAAAGGACGCAACAGACGCCUUGAGGAAAGUCAACGGAACAGACUACACCGUCGGCAACAUUGCAGACGUUAUAUACAAGGCAUCUGGCAACAGCGUAGACUGGGCCCGCGGAAAGCUCCGUGUCCCUUACACCUACGCAGUCGAGUUACCAGACAAGGGACGGUACGGCUUCCUGAUGCCUCCCCGCUACAUCAUCCCGACUGGAGAGGAGACUAUGGAAGCCAUCAGGGUCAUAGGUCAAGGGGUCAUGGCGUAUAAGGGGUCGGCAUCCAAGUUGGACGCUGGUUUACCGACGGCUUGAUUUGCCUACGUGUGCUUUAGAGUGCUUCGUGAAGUGAUCCCUGUGUGACGUCAUCUGGUUAUACCCGCAAUAAAUGCUGCACUUUUAACUAAAUUAUGCAAAAUAAGUUCGCAAUUCACAUCCCGACCGCACAAAAUGUACUUACAAAGUAUAAGUGUAAAUACAUGUGUAGGUACAUGUAAAUACAACAGGAUUAUGUAUUGUUUGUUGAGCUUUUGAGAAAUUAUUUUGAAAGGUGCAUUAUAGGCCCUAUAGGCCAAUAAGUUUAAACACGUACAAUUUCACAACCGUUUCUGCACUCAUGAUCUUGCCAAUAUAAUUUUAUUAUCCAAAUGCCACAAAAUUAAUGACUUCAAUCGGAAUUCAUUAAUUAACCCAUUAUUUAAAGGAAUUCAUGUUUGAAACCAAAUCAAAUCAAUCCACCUUUAAUAGCGGCGCAAGGCCGACUUGUGGUUGGAUGUUUGGAAAACGAUAAUUAGAUCUUAGCUAAAGUCUCAAAUCUCGCGAGAGUAUCUCCCAAAGUCCCAGAUUACGUCACACACACUCACUUCUAAAUAAAUCAGGCUUGUUUCUUUCCUUCUUACACUCCAGUUAGUAACGAGCGUUAGGGGGACUUGAACAAGUCGAAUACGAAGCACUUUAGUGCGCGUGGCGGCAAAUAACGCAGCCGAUAAACGAAUCUAUUAUACAAGUCGUAGUUUUGUGGACGAAUGGAAAAAGCAGUAAAACAAUGGCCUUAAUUCGUCGACCACAAAAAUACAACUGGCAACGCCGCACCCGCAUACCCACCGCAAUAAUUUAAUUAUUAGACUGAUGAAACUGAAGAUUAGUUGCAAGUUAAGUGCGAUAUUAACAGGGCUGUAAAUAUCGCCACCACGGAUAUAAGCCUUAUAUACGAGUCGGCCAUCUCAAAUUGAAAGUGAGGUUAAACCUUCCUUUUUUGGGACUUGCGGAAGAAAUGGAAGCAAUGAAAUAAAGGUAAUUACUAAUAAUACCAGUCUGCUCUGAUUAAUACUUUAAAAUUGUGAUUAAACAUUGCCUACCCUAAUGUUUUAGGCCACAAUUUAACAAAAACUGAAAGUGAGGAUUGGAAUGCUUAGAUAGUUCACAAUUUAUAAACUAUAUUCAGGAAAAACAAUCAGAAUGGCUUCCUCGUGCAUAAGGUUUAUAUAGGGCCUAUUAUUGUUAAACUUUAGGCUGUCUGAAUACGGGCUUCCAGCGCUAUGGCUACGGCUACUGCCAGCUUGUGCCCACGGUAGUUGUAAUGGGCGAAGACCGUGUAUAAAAUCUAGACAUUACCUUUUGCUAAUCAACGUCAACCUCCACCUCAGAGUCUACCUCAUCAAGCAGAGAGCGGACUUGAUUAUUGUACAUGUGUAGUAAUUGUGGAACUCGUACUCGUACAUUUUUUUUUUAUCAUGCCUUCGUGUUCGCACUGCUCUAAAGGCUAUUCUCGUACUCGAGCUCACACACGCAUUCGUAUUCGUUCUCAUGACAAGGUACCGUAGCCACAUGGCAAAGUACUCGUACCCGUACUAUAUACCCGAACUCGUACUUGUACUCGUACCCGCUAAUACCCGUACUCGUACCCAUAAACAGUCGUACCCGUAUUCGUACUUACGGAAAUGCAUUCGACUACGUCAGUGUCAUACUGUGUAAUGAGUUUGGAAUACGAGGCACGAGCCUUAUUAUGUAUACUAUUAUGUUUCCCGGCUAUUAAAAACAUUUUUCGUUCGAAUUCACCGAUGCUCAUAUUCAAAUUCGUUCGGCAACAUUGAUUUUGUGCGCCCCCAGUGUUUAAUUUCGUCUUUUGUGUCAGACAAUUUCAAAUUUAGUUCAACAAUGAGCACACGCUUUUGACCCGGAGUUUUCGAUUACCUUCAGAGGCAUAUCUAA